AUGGGGGAUUAUUACGAAGUCCUUGGACUAAAAAGAAGUGCCUCACAGGAUGAUGUUAAGAAAUCCUACCACAAACUGGCACUAAAAUGGCAUCCUGAUAAGAAUCCUGGUAACAAGGAGGAAGCUGAAAAGAAAUUCAGAGCAGUUGCUGAGGCAUACAAGGUUUUGUCUGACCCUCAGAAAAGAUUGGUCUACGACAGGUCUGUUAAGGAGACCAGAUCCAACGGACGAAGAAAUGACAUGGGGGGUCAUAACAGCGCGUUUGUUUCCCCUUAUGUGUUCUACGACCUCAAGAUGUACCCCUUUGGAAGGAUGUGUCCCUUUGUUUUCUGGGACCCCUUUGACAACAUCAGAAGCAAUGGUGAAAACUGGCACAGGACAAGUGGAAGAAGCUCCAGCUUGUUUUCUGACUGUGCAGAUUCAUUUAUACCGUGGAAUUCAUUCAGCCCCAGCCAUCAGCCCACCUUCUUCUUUGCCCAGGGUACAGCUGGGCCACAUGUCAGAUCAGUGUUAACCACUACUGAAGUAACCACUACUGAAGUCACCACCCGGAAAAUCACUGAGAACGGGCAGGAGAGAACAGAAGUGGAAGAAGAUGACCAGCGGUCUGUGAUAAUAAAUGGGAGAGACUACCUGAAAUUGUAA